AUGCUCUUUGAACCUUCGGGGGACUUACGCGUGGAUUAUAGCGCCUUCUGCCACACGCUACGAACCACGGAGAGGGAGGAGGUUUAUCGCUCAUUGAUAACGAACACGCAACAGAAAGCGGAGAGGGAGACAAAGCACUCUCUGUCACCAGAGGACGAGGCGAUUCUCCUUCAAUGGGAGGAACCCAAUCGAAUGCAAACACUGCAACAAGAGCCCUUACCGGAGGUUGAGAAGGCCAAAGAAAACCCCACUUCCAAGCGUCACGGUACCGGAGCGAAGCGUGAGGGCGCGACCCCCUCCAGAAAGAAAAGCGAACACAACGAUACUUCUCCCUCAAAUCCUCAGCCGCCGCCUCCACCAACUGUUUUUUACAUUCUAAUGCGUCACCUCAAGUUUUGUCUCAACGAACGAGAUAUGAAGCCCCUUGCUCUUGCCAUACCGUAUUGCACUUCGCUGGUGUCCGUUGAGUUCGUGGGGUGCGGCUUAUCGCGCGAGAGCUAUUUCCUGCUUGUGGAGGCAUCGUAUAAGAGUCGCCGCUUAGUUUCUAUGACUGUCGACUUCAACUGUGCCCCUAAACCAGGAUUUUACGAGGACCCGACGAUUGCUAUUGCGCCUGUGGAAGUACCGAAGGUAAGAGAAUUGUUUCCAACAGAAAAGAAUGUUCCCAGCGUACGGUUUGAUGAUCGUAAGCGGGCCCCUUCCAGGGAUCUAACCUCUUUGCACACAGAGUCUGUAGUGACCAGCAUUCGUGCGGACGGACAGUCAUCUGGAGGUGCAGCAUCGGAGGCUCUCCCAACUUUUUCGCCAUCUGCGUAUCGUGGGCUUAACAAUGUACCUUCGUUGCUUGAUCUUCAAAUACGUGAGGAGAGGGAGCGAAAGGGAAAGACAGACUCCAAGAAGCAGGCGCAGCUUCAACAGCAGCGCGAAACGCUUGCACAAUUCGAUAGAGAAAACCGCAUCCCGGUCCCUCCCGGGUGGCCGGCUGCGCUUCUCACUGGCGUGAAGCAUUUGAGUCUCCGAGGGAACGGUAUUAGUGAUAGAGAUGCCAUCCUAACAGCUUCAUUGCUCUCGGCUCAUCCCCGUAGUGAGCUGAUAAGCCUCAAUCUGUGGGGAAAUAACAUUUCCGAUGAUGGCGCUGUAGCGCUUGCGCGGCUUUUGAAGAAGAAUCGCACGCUGCAGGUGCUUGACCUUGGGCACAAUGACAUUGGAGACAGGGGCCUUGCUGCCUUGGUUGACUGUUUCAGAAUACAAGAAAUGCCCGCUGAGGAACUGCCAGCGUACCGAAAGCGGCACCUGUCACGUUACAACGCCACUGCGAAGGAGAAGAGCAUGAUAUCAUCCUUGCCGCCGCCAUACCCAAGUUACCAAGAGUUAUACAACACUUGGCACUUGUGCAGGUACCCCACCCCUGUAGAGGACAGGCGGGAGUCAAAGAAGGGACUGCAGGCCAAGGCGAGGAAGGCGGAGCCGGCCCCCGCUCGACCGACGGCCCCAUUUGACCGCGACUGCUUUCGUUUGGACGAUCCCCCGCGUGUUCGGGCUCCUGGCAACACGGUUCUGCGCUGCCUCAACCUUGGAAACAACAAACGCCUGACAUACGAAGGUGCUGUUGAAGCUCUGCGUGUGUUGUCGCUGCAUGAGCCGAUCGAUGAUGCAGACAUGGCGAUGCUACGGCACUGCGCUGUGAAGCCACCGGAACCUUAUUGUGUCUCCAUCUCAUUGAGCAGCUUCGUUGUGCAUCAUGCUGGGGAUAACAGGCUUCUGGACGUACAGAACGACCUGAGCAAGUUGUUGCAGUAUCGGUUGGAGCGGCUUAGGCAACUUCCUGUUGAUGACGCCGCGCCAGUGGAGGACGUGAAAAAACGGUCGCCGCGCGGUAAGAAAUGA